UAAUCCACGACUCUACACCACCUCUGAAAGUCCGGAAUACGAUCGUAGCGGGUCGAGGUCGGCUGCAGUCUAGUCGAGACUUUAGUGUGAAGCCUUGACAAGCCUAUAAGCCCGCGAACGCGGCCUUUUCCUCCCUGUACAAAACCCAAUCACCUGCUUUGCUUUCGGAGAUCGAAGCUCUUACACUCAAACACCUACGGGUCGACACAUUCCUAAUUUUCCAAAGGGCGACACAAAUAAACUAUUCACCAUGAAGACUAUGCAUCUUUCCUCCGUCAGCGCCACAUUCAACCCAUUCCUACCGUCGUCCAAAAUCCCUCGUUUGGUGCUGUCGAAGCUGCCGGCGUCAGCAUAUAAGACAUUAAAGGUUACAGCGAAGCAAUUACCGCGAUCAUCGACAGUACCGGCGACACUCGAAUUGGUAUUCAAAGAUGGCAAGACCCUAAAUUAUAGCUGGGCGCAUGAGACGGCGGAGCAGAAGGCCGCUGCCAGGGCUGCGCUCCUUGCUAGUGGUAAUGGGGAAAAACAGAAGAAGGAGAAGGUGAUGCUCUCGGAUAUUGUGUGGGAAUUGGACCGACAUGCCAGAGGUAUUGCCAGGGAGGAGGAAUUGAAGGGCUGAAGGGAUGAACAGAUGACCUGUGGAGCUUACUAGCUCGCGGGUUGAUCUUUUAUUUGGCGGAUGAGGUGGUGAAGGACUACAAGGAAUGCCCUCGUCCUAUGCUAGGGGAGCAGUGACCGGACAUUUGUCUUGCCACAUCAGGGUUUUCGUCCUCCACGUAUUGCUCCCUGGCUGUGAGGGACUGCCAGCGUGCGCCUCGGGAAUCAAGUGCGACAAGGUUGGAAACCGCCAAAGAACAGGUACGUCUGGCCACAGAGAUCCCGCCAGAGCCCUUUGUGGGCAUGUCAGAGAACAGUCUUUCUGACUCGUCAACUCCCUCAAUAUCCACAAUUUGUAUAAUAGGACACUACCACUUGAACAGAAAGGAAAAUAUGCUACAGUUGCAGGCUUCGUUCAUCAGAUAUGCUCAAAUUGCUC